AUGGUAGAAGUUAUAAAUGGUGAUGAAUUUACUGUAAAGUCUUCAUCAUUUUUAGCUGUUAUCAUAAAUGAUAUUUCUGUCUCACCGCCUCGGUGUCGUCUUCGUCGUAAUCAUAAACAAUCAACAGAAAAUAGUCAUGAUGCUGAAACAUUGACAUCACUUCAUGAUCAUGCAUCAUCAAUUGAUAGAACAAGUUCAAAUGAAGUCAUUGAAGAUGUUGAUUUACUAAACAUCAAUGCAGAUAAUAUAUCAUCAUAUACAGAAGAAAAUAGAGAUAAAACAAUUAUUAAAAUAACAACAAUAAUUAAUGAUUCAUUUGUUGAUCAUCAAUUGAAGCCAAUCAGUGAUAAUCAAUGUUUCAAUGAUAUUGUACCAUUUAAUGACUUAUCCAAUAACGUUUUAUCACAUAAUCAUCUUCAAUACAAUAUUGAUAAUUUGACAAUUAAAGAUCUUGCAUCAGAUAGUAAUCAAUUAAAAGAUAUUAAUAUUUUAUCAAUUAAUGGCUGUUCAUCUAAUGAUCGUUCAUUAUUAGAUGAUAAUGUUGUCGAAUCUCAUGAUGAUACAGAAAAUGAAAAUAGUUUGACAUUACCUAGUCUUAUAAUGAAAUUACGAAAAGAGAGAAAUCAAGUAGAACAAAAGCUUGAUUCUCAAAUUGAACAAGCUGUUGCUGAAUUAAAAAAAGUCAGUAAUAAACUUAAUGAGUUAAUUCAAACAAAAAAAAAGAAAAAUGAAGAAUAUACGAAUAAAAUCAAUGAAUUAACACAACGGGAAAAAUUAUGUGCCUAUGAAUUAAAUAAAACACAAGUAAAACAAAUACAAAAUCAUAAGUUUAUUGCUAAUGAUAAAUAA